AGCCCCAUGGUCGUAUUCGUAAUCAGCAUGGUCGAUAACCUAUAACCCACUAGAUUCCGAGCAAAAAGCGUUUAAUCCCUUCGAGGGGUUCCCUCGUAAGAGAAAACGAACUUACAAAUUGCACACAGUGUUAAUAUUCUAUUAUUCUAGUCAUUAACCGACGAUGGUCUAAUAUCAUUAGCUGAAAGUUGUCAUUAUCUGGAAACAUUAAUUAUAGCUAAUUGUGGGAGUUUAACAGAUAAUACGCUGAUUGCAUUAGGACGAAAUUGUCAUCAGCUCAAGUAUGAUAAAGCAUUCCUAUAAGUUAAGAAUCAUUUAGCGUGACUUUGGGUUACUCUGUUAUGCAGAUAUUCUGCUAUCAGAAGAUUCCCUUGUAACAAACAACUGUAAUAGGAGCAUAUUCUCUGUGAUUUUUAUCUCAAUCUACAUAUUCUUCGUUGCCAUUUAUUUCAAAGAGUUUACACGAUUUACUUUCCGUUGACUAAUUUCUAUUUUAAUUAGUUUUUUUUCACAGAAAAGUAUAAUUUUUGCUGCAUAGGAUUUACUUUCCACUGAUUGUUUGGCCGAAAAGUAAUGAAUGAGUAAAUGAAUAUUCAUUGCGACAAUCCAUGUAUUGUUAGAAUAAGACUCCCAAUGUAAUAUGUGCAAAUAACAGUAAAAACGGAAAAGGAUGGCUUUUUAACUUUUAGAUGGACGGAUGGUUUCUUUUGCUUUUUGAUGAACGCUGAAAAUAUCUCAUACCGGCAGCUUUCAAGAACGCUGGAAUAUCAAUAGGACCAUCAUCAUAACGUUGUCAUAAUUUCAUUAAACAAUUCAUCUGUUAUAACUUUAUGUUUUCAACAUUUUGGAGUUGGAGCUCCCAUAUCAUCUCGUACUCUUGCAGUAGAUGCCAAUGAU